ACGUGCUGUGAUUGGUGGAUUUUAGUAACGUUUAUUGCGUAGCAGCAGGCAGCAGUAGAAGAAGAGAAUACUGGAAAUUGAAGUUGCAUUGUUUUGUUUUGUUACUUUACUUUUGUGGAUUCUCUAGACGCAGAUUUUGUUUUGGUAUUGGUUUUUGACUUUUGUUGCCCUUUGUUCUGUUUUACCAAGGAAUUUGAAUUUCGUUCUUCGAUUAUUUGAAAAAUGGCUCGUGUGAAGCAAACGGCUCGUAAAUCGACCACAAGAGCUCCUCAUAGGCAACUGGCAGCCAAAGUAAAAGUACUGAAAGUAGCCCGUAAAAGUACCGCAUCGAAAGUAGCGCGUAAAACGUUCCAGGCGCAACCAAUCAUAAAGAUGAAAAGAUCGCAUCGUUUUCGACCGGGUACCGUAGCCCUUCAAGAAAUCCGUCGAUACCAAAAAUCCACCGAAUUACUGAUCCGUAAAUUACCUUUUCAACGGUUAGUACGUGAAAUCGCCUCCGAUUUUAAGACCGAUUUACGUUUCCAAUGCGCCGCAAUCAGCGCUUUGCAGGAAGCUAGCGAAGCGUAUUUGGUCUCAUUAUUUGAAGAUACCAACUUGUGCGCCAUUCACGCCAAACGUGUUACGAUUAUGCCCAGAGAUAUUCAGUUAGCUCGUCGUAUUCGAGGUGAAAAAGCUUCUUCAUAAGUAUCAUUGUUCUUCGUUUAUUGUUAAGAUUUUAUGUUAUAUUGUUGUCUAGCUUGUAUUCCUGAAUGAGCUUUAAUAUUUAAGUAUUUUUGUUCAAAAUGUCUACUAAUUAAUUGAUUAAUUAAAAAUGUAGGCUCCAAAACGAUGGUUGACAGUUUUUCGCUUAGUUUAAGAUUUACCUAUGUUAUAGUUAUUGUUGUCUAGCUCGUCGUAUUCGUGAUUGAGCUUAAAUAUUCAAGUAUUUUUGUUAUAAUUGUUAACCAGUUUGAAUAAUUAAUAAAGUAAACAGCAAAACAG